UGUUAGUUAGUUGGGUGUGUUAAAUAGUCCAGUACUUCGUGAGCAAAUACUCAUUAUAAUCUUGUUAUUAGGAAAAUAUAAAACUUAAAUUAAACUUUAAUUCUAGUUUGAUUUUUUCGUGUAUUAUAAAAGUAAAAAUGGGACUGAAAGGUUGUGAAAUUCAAUUAGACAACCCAUGGAAUACAUAUUAUGCUGGUCAAACAAUUAACGGAGAGGUGAAAUUGACUUUCGAUUCAACGAAAAAAGUGCGAGGUAUCAUAAUAAAGUUUAUAGGUGAAGCCAAUACAGAAUGGUCCGAGACAAAAACUGUAACCACUAGCGAAGGAAAGACUGAACAGGAAGAGGAAAAAUUGCGCGGCCAUGAAGAGUAUUUUCAAAUACAGUACUAUCUUCUGGGCGGAAAGAAUAGUUCUGAGACUGAGCUUCCAGCCGGCACGCACACUUAUCCAUUCACAUGUGCAUUGCCGCCCACACUACCUUCAUCGUUUGAGGGCGAAUUCGGCCAUGUUCGUUACACCAUUAAGGUAACCUUGGACAGGCCAUGGAAAUUUGAUCAGGAUAUGAAAAUGGCAUUUACUGUUAUUUCACCAGUUGAUCUAAACGUAAAUCCACGUGUAAAGGAACCCUAUAAGCUUGAGUUGGAGAAGAGUUUUUGUUGCUUUUGCUGUCGCUCAGGUCCAUUGUCGGUAGUUACCACAGUACCAGUAACUGGCUACGUCUCGGGCCAAACAAUACCAAUUACUUGUGAAUGUGACAAUGCCAGCAAUGUUGGCAUCACAUCGGUUAAGUUUAUUUUGCGUAAACGCGUCACAUUCCAAGUCAAUCAACCGCGUGCGGAUAAGAAGCAAAGUAAAAUUACAAUCGCCGAAUUAGGUAUUGGCCCCGUUGCAGGUGGUGAGACACGCACUUUUACGCAACAAUUGGAAAUACCAGCACUGCCUCCAACAAAUUUGCUCAAUUGCGGUAUUAUUUCGUUGGAUUAUGACUUGCAUAUUGAGUGUGAUGUUAGCGGUCCACAUCGUAAUUUAUCUGGCAAUAUACCCAUAAUAUUGGGCACAAUUCCAUUGGCAUCAUUCAAGCCACCAGCACCAUACACGGAUGUGCCAGCACAAAUACCACCACAGCAGCAAGAUCAAGAUCCAUCACUAGCACCCACGCAACCGGUUAGUCCAGCGAGUCCACCAAGCGAUGGUGCGGGUGGUGCGCUGGGUUGGAACGUAGCAGAUAGCGCUGGUGGGCAACUGUAUCCAAAUAUACCGCCUCCGCAAUUUGUUGAGACACAGUUUCGUGCGCCUAAAAUAACUGGCAACGAAGAUUCCGAGCAUACAACGGUUGUGGGUGAUGCUAACUUUGCGCCACGUUAUCCAACUUUCCAAUUCAAUAAUGCGACUGCACCGCCACAUCAUUAAACGAUGGAAAAUAUGUAUGAGCAAAUCGGCGCAUACGCCAGCGCUGGAAAAGCAUCACAUGAAUUUAAAUAUACUGAAAAGUUUCUGUUCAUCUAUUGUACUUUGUUGCAGUUCAAUCGCACAAAUUUACAAACAAAUCUCUUACUGACUCGCUUAAACUUCGUAGCAAAUUGUUGCUUGAUCUUAAAUUACGCUACUUCUUAGUUCUUUUACUGGAAAGUGCAUUUGGCUUCCGUCCGCAGGGCUUCUCAAAUUUAGUUCGUUGCUCAUAAAAGUUAAAAUAAUUAAAGAGAGUAUAAAACAAAAACGAGUAGUGCCUAUAAAUUUUGCAUUGUAAUAGCGCAACAAAUAUUAGCUUAAAAUGUAUGUAGUAGUUAUUUUUACGAAAGAGUAAAAUCGAAAAAUUAAUUUAUAAAGUAAUUUGAUAUUUUCUAGAAUCUCUAGCAAAAAAGUGGUUUAAAGUUUGAUACUUAUUUUGUAUUUAAAAAUAAAAUCGCAUAUGUGUGUAUAUAAAUAUACAUACCUAUAUAUAUAUAUAUAUAUAUGUAAGUGGGGAUGUAUAGUUUGUGCACAUGAUUGAAGAAAUCUUUGCAGCUUAAAUUUAUAUUUGUAUGCUUCAGUGGAUUUUCCGCUUAGUAUUUUUAUUUUGCAAACAAAGGCUCGCGGCCAUAUAAGUAUAAAAAAUUGUCGAUUUUCUUUUAUAGUUAAGUUAUACUGUUAUUUCUUUGAAAUAUAU